CGAUGGCGUGCUUGCAGCAGCAGCACUGCAGCACUGGUUUGACAUAUAUAGCAACCCAUCCUCAUACUUCACUUCCAUUCACAAUAUCUUCCUAGGUAUACAUCAUGGCCUCCGCAGCAGUCCAGCUCCCCACGGGGAAUACCACCCUACCCACUCAGAAACCCGUUACCGGAUCUUCCGGCCCGCACCAUGUGCAGACCACCCUUAACUAUAUCAAAGAGCUUCCGGAUGGAUCGCACCUGGCUCCCGCUUACGUGGGCGUUCCAUCUAGCUACGAACGACCCAGUGCCGUGUUGCCGGUGACUAUCCACGAUGUCAGUGGCCACGAGCUGGAUUAUACACUAGAUGGCAACGGAUUCCAGUUCUACUACCAUACCAGUGCGGAGAAGGACUUUCUUGACGAGGACAAGAUUAAACAAGAGUAUUAUCCGGAGAUUGACCAGCUGUUGAAAGAUGCAACCAACUGCACCCGCACCUUCAUCUUCGACCACACCAUCCGCCGCCCCUCCUCCACCCCCAACACCCCCCAUCCAGCCUCCGCACCCCGCUACGCGGCCUCCACCGCACGGGUAAAACACCACCUCCCGGACCUCGCCCCAUCGCUUCUCAAAUCGCGCUACCAAAUCAUCAACGUCUGGCGACCCAUCAAAACCAUCACCCGGGAUCCCCUCGCCGUCGCAGACGCCCAUACCGUCCCGGAUAGCGAUCUCAUCCCAACCAAACUGAUCUACCCCGAUCGAGAGGGAGAAACCUGUUCCGUGAAGCCGAAUCCAGACGUGAAAUGGUAUUAUCGGCAUCGACAGGGACCGGAUUUGGUAACGUUGAUUAAGUGUUUUGAUUCGAAGACGGAUGGACGCGCGAGGAGAGUGCCUCAUAGUGCGUUUGUGGUGCCGGGGACGGAGGGGGAGCCGGCGAGGGAGAGUAUUGAGGUUAGGGUUUUGGUGUUUCAUGAGGAUGAUCUUGAUUGACUCGGUGCUGAGCGGAGCGAAGCACGGGGUCAGAAGAGUAGGGUAUUUCCUAUCAGGAGAGAAUGUUUAUGAAAUCGUUUUUUGUUAAUAUUUAGUUAGGGUUGGGGGAGAUUCAUGAGAAUGAUCUUGGAUGAAUGUGCUUCGCUUCGCGAAGCACGGGUGUGGAGAGGAGGGAUUUCUUCUUUCUUCCUCUUUUUCAAUUGGAGAGAUAUAUGAAGUCUUAUAGCAUGAGUUAGGGCUCCGAUGUUAUCUAUCUCUAUCGAUAUCGAUAAGGCUAAGCCCGGCACAGACCAGACAGAGGGAGAAUGGCAGGAUCCACAACCACAACAUUAACAAUCAUCAAUUUCCCCAAAUAAACUAC